GAGAUCCAUCACCCAUUUCUGAUCAGAUACACCACAACGAUCACAAUUUCCUAAAAGAUUACUACGCACGCCGCGAACACAUAUUCAUCAACAAUUGUGAUUAGGAGGAUACAAUGGCUGGCUACAAACCGUUUCCCUGGUGGAGAUUGGUCAUCUACGACUCGUUGUUAUGGGUUUUGAAUGUGACAUUCGAUUGUUUUUUCAGGGAAAUUCGGUCUAGAGGGGCGUUCAAGAUCCCCCUGACCGGCCCCGUUAUCUUCGUGGGUGCUCCUCACGCUAACCAGUUUGUCGACCCGGUUAUUCUUAUGAAUUUGGUAAAGAAAGUAAGUGGGAGGCGAGUGAGCUUCCUUAUUGCUGCCAAAUCUUAUCGAUUGAAGAUUAUUGGUAUGAUGUCAAAGUGCCAGUUGUCAAUUCCAGUGGAAAGACCCCAGGAUAACUUGGCACCUGGAAAGGGUAAGAUUUUUGUUGAUUUCGAAAAGGAUGCUUGUUUGAUUACUGGGAGAAACACCUCUUUCACCGAGUACUUAACCCCCAAAUGUCUUUUGGCUUUACCCAAGUCGUUGGGAGCUUCUGAAGUAUUGGAGAUCAUUGACGACACCCAUGUCAUUAUCAGGAAGCCCUUUAAAAACACUGAAAAGAUUGUAAAAAUGUUGAAAGAUGGGUCUGACUUUAAGUAUGCCAGAAAAGUUGAUCAAAACGAAGUCUACCAGCAAGUGUUUGGCCACUUGGCUCACGGAAACUGUAUUGGGAUUUUCCCCGAAGGAGGUUCACAUGACAGAACGGACUUGUUGCCAAUAAAAGCAGGUGUUGCAAUCAUGGCAUUGGGUGCUAUGGCAGCUUAUCCUGACUGUGAUGUGAAGAUUGUUCCUUGUGGGAUGAAUUAUUUCAAUGCCCAUAAGUUCAGAAGUAGAGCUGUGAUUGAAUACGGAAAUCCGAUUGAGAUCUCCAAAGAGUUGAUCCAAAGAUAUAAAGACCCCCAAACUAACAGGGAGGCUGUUAAAGAACUAUUGGAUGUCAUCACUGAUGGGUUACGAGCCGUCACCGUGACUUGUGAUUCGUUUGAUACGUUGAUGGUUGUCCAGGCGGCCAGAAGAUUGUAUGCCAAUCAUUUUGCUGCUCGUUUACCUCUUCCUCUCGUGAUUGAGAUGAACCGAAGAUUGGUACUUGGUUAUAAAACAUAUGAAAAUGAACCUCGAGUACAGAAAAUGAAGGCCAGGAUCUUCGAGUACAAUACCAGAUUGGACCAAAUCCACUUACCCGACCAUCUUCUUGAAAAUUUCAAUGAGAAGAGCAAAUUCAGAAGUUUAGGUAUUUUGUCUUACAGGUUUACAAAGUUGGUUUUGCUCUUUGUUUUGGCAUUACCAGGAGCCAUUUUGUUUUCCCCAGUAUUCUUGAUUGCCAAAAUCAUAUCCAAAAAGAAGCAAGAAGCAGCGUUGGCCAACUCUGUGGUAAAAAUCAAAGGAAACGAUGUGGUUGCAACCUGGAAGAUUUUGGUUAGUUUAGUCAUUGCUCCGAUUUUCUACAGUUUCUACGCUACUGUGGGGGCUUUCGUUACCAGGAACUAUUUUGACUUCAACUUUGGAACCAUCAAACUAUGGAUUGGGUUGUACUGUUUCAACGUUUUGAUCACAUAUUCUGCAUUAUUAACCGGAGAACAAGGUUUGGAUACAUUUAAAAGUUUGAGACCGUUGUAUAUCUCAUUAAUUGACGGUUCUUCAAUCAAGGAAUUGAAACAAUUCAGGAGUGAAUUGACAGAUGAGAUUACCGAGAUUGUUGACGAAUUUGGCUGGAAGUUAUUCCCACAAGAUUUCAACUUGUUGGAGAUGAACGACGAAGAAGAGGAUCAGUUAACUGUGACCAUGAAGAACCGUAGAAAGCUCAAGAAAGAGGCGUCUUCCGAUUCUUCUACAUCUUUGAGCUCACAAUUUUCUUCAUCUUCGUCUAUUUCAGAUGGUGUUUCAUUAUUGAACUCAGAACAUUCUUUAACAAACAUUCCAAUGUUCAGUGACUAUCAAUUACACGAAAACCAAAACGCUACGUUGACACCAAACGUUGAUUCCGAUGACUAUGCCAUUUCCAGAGCUUCGAGUCAUUUGGAGUUGAACUUUGGACAUAAAAGAACUAACUCAGAUAUGCAUCAAAAGUUAACUGACAAGAUUAAAUUGAAAAUGAGAGAGAAAUGGGAAGAGAAAGAGAAACUUGAAUAGGUCAUUGGACGCUGAAUAUGCAUAAUUAACAUAAUAUAAUUUAUUAAGAUUGAACGCUAGCUUGCUUGGAGUAGAAUUCGAUAACUUGUUCUGACGUAGUAGCAUCUUCAACACCUUUGUCUUCUCUGAUUCUCAAGAAUCUCGGAAAUCUCAACGAAAUACCCUUGGUAAAUUCCUGAUGCCCAGCCUUGUAAAUAGGACUCAAUGACAAAUCAGCUGUUAACACCUCAAACAAUGUGGUAGGUUCGAACCAAACAUCAGGCACCGCACUGGGGUCGUAGACGUAGGAACCUUUCGGUUGUGAGAUUUCAGUAGGAUGCAAACUAUUGUAGAGACUCGUUAAGUCUUCAUCCGAAAACCCAGUACCGAUUUUGCACGUGGUUUCGAAUUCACCAGUAUCAUCAUUAUAACUUGCCAAAAGGAAUCCACCAUAAUUACCGGUACGUUUACCUCUGCCGUUAUAGGCACCAACUACGACCAAAUCCAAAGAGUCCCCAACACCAGCCAAGUAAUCCUUCUUCAAUUUGAGCCAAUUUCUUGAUCUUUUUGAUGGCUCGUAGUAAGACUCUUUUGAAUUUAACAUCUUCACCAUCAAUCCCUCGCAACUGUCUUUAACGGACUGGUCCAAGAAUAUUUGCAACUCAUCAAGAUUUGAUGAGUUACGAGAUGUAGCAAAACAAAACUUCCCUUCGAUUGGUUUCAAAUUCUCAUACAUGAGUUCUCUUCUCUCUGCCAACGUCUUGUUGACAACAGAUUCCCCAUUUAAGUACAAUAUGUCAAAGGCGAAUAAACAGAUGUGGACUUUGAUAUCUUUUUCAUUGACAUC